AUGGGGAAAAGGGGUUCCCUCUAUCGAGAUGAGCCAGCAGUGGGGUGGACCUAUCCAAGCCAGGAGCUAAACCAGCCCGCCGCCCUCUCUCAGCCAGGCCCUUUGGCUGAAACCCUGAGAAAGCAGAACGGGGAACACGAUGUGAAGACAGCUGCCACCAACCCUGGCACCGAGCACGUGUUCUCAGGCCCUUCCCCAAGGCCGCCUCCUCUGGCCCCGCCCUUUUCCCCACCCUCAGCCGUGACCUCGCCCCCUCUCCGCCACGCCACGCCCCCACCCAGCUCCAACAGCUCUUCCGUCUCCUGGACCCGCCCACCCCCCCGUGCCACACCUCCUCUGGCCUGCCCCGCCCCUUCCGUCUCCAGGAUCUGCCCACCUCCUCCGACCUGCCCCACCCCCUGGCCGGCGCUGCCCUCUCCCCGGUGCCCAGCGUGCGCUUCCGGGCCCUCCCGGCGCUCCCCGACGCCCGGACCCUCCCGCCGAUCCCGCCAGCCUCCGGCCUCUCCUCCGCAGCCCCACCACGCCCUCGACCUCUCUCACCCGCCACCUCCCUGGGGGACCGGGGCUCGGCGCCUCUCCUGCCGGCUGUCUGGGCAGGAGAGGCCAGCGCUGCCCCGGAGCACGGGACCUGCGUUGACCCGGGAGAACCGAGGACGCGGGCCCCGGAUCUGUCCAGCCCCGGACAGGCUCCGGCCCGCAGACCGCCAGCCAGGCUGCUGCUAUCAUUGGGUGACCCCCCACCCCCCCAAGACCCAGACGCCGCCGCCUGGCAGCGCCUCUCUACUUUGGGCACAGAGGCGAAGAGCGUUGUGA